CUCAACCGCAUCGCUCACUCCUUCAGCAGCAGCAAAGCACAGCAGCAGUCCAGUCCAAACAAGUCCAGUCUGCCCAGCCAUUUCACUCCUUGGAACGUCCCAACCGUAACCGCAACGUCAACCGCAAAAAAAACAUGAAGCUCAACUUCCUCACAGUGGUGGCCAUGGCCACUUCGGCCACCGCACACUCCACAUGGCAGCAGCUGUGGGUGAACGGCGUGGACCAGGCCGGAACAUGUGUGCGAACGCCUCUGAGCAACAGCCCCGUCGGCACCUUGGACGCCAGUGUCCGCUGUGGUACCGGCUCGGCAGUGGCGGCUACCUGCUCGGUUCCUGCUGGAGGAACCGUUACCAUCGAGAUGCACGCCCAGCCGAAUGACCGUUCGUGCACGAACGACGCCAUCGGAGGAAACCACGACGGACCCGUCAUCGCGUACCUUUCCAAGGUCGGCGACGCCACCACGGACCCGGGAACUUCCUGGUUCAAGAUCCACCAGACCGGCCUCGUGAGCGCCGACUACUGGGGAACCGAUGUAAUCAACGCCAACUGCGGCAAGCAAGACGUCCUUAUCCCCGCCGACAUCGCUCCGGGCGACUACCUUCUCCGCGCGGAAGUGAUCGCGCUCCACGUAGCCGGCAGCUCCGGCGGCGCGCAGCACUACGUCUCUUGCAUGCAGCUCAAGGUGACGGGUGGAGGAAGCGCCAACCCCUCUGGCGUCGCGUUCCCAGGUGGCUACAGUCUCACCGACCCCGGUAUCCUCUUCAACCUUUACGGCUCCUACACCACGUACACCGUCCCAGGACCGGCCGUGUACACCGGCGGUGCCAGCAGUGGUAGUGGCACCACCGUUGCCGCCGGUACGACGACAAGGGCAUCCAGCACCACAGCGGCUGCGGCCACCUCCGCUGCGGCCGGCGGAACGCUGGCGAAGUACGCGCAGUGCGGUGGAAACGGGUGGACUGGCACCGGUACGUGCGUUACCGGAAGCACCUGCACCGUAACGAACGAGUACUACUCGCAGUGCUUGUAGAGCGCUGCGGGACGAUGGGGGAAGGUUGGAGGGGCGGUCGGACGCUCUGUUGUAAAGUAAAGAAACGAGGAGAGAGGAGCUUGCUUGCUUGCUUGAGCCAUCGUGUGCAUUC